AUGAAUACAAAUGAUCCUACUAUUCAAGAUAACUGUCCACUAGUGGAUCAACAACAACAACAACAACGAAUAAAAAAAUGUCAUGGGAAUCAAAGAGAUCAACGUUUUCGAAAGAAAUGUCGUAAACGUGGAAUGCAACAAGCUAAAAUAGAACAAUUACUCAAUAAAAAGAAACAAAUUAAUAACAAUCAGAAUAAUUGA